CCUCGUCGAAAGUAAAACACCGAUGGGAACCUGGAUGCUCAAGUUCGUCACUGGGAUCGCGGGGCUGUUUGCGACGGCCAAUGCACAUGACCAUGGAGGAAUGAAUGCCAACGCACCACUGAAUGACGAGUCUACGCACUGCCCCAUCUGCAAUAUGGACGUGGUAAAGGACUGGUAUCUUCAAAUGGCGCACGGACAGCGGAUCUAUUCGUGCAGCAUGUCGGACGGGUCGCAGUUCAAGAUGGGAGCCCGAGGGUUUUCCCAUGCAUCCCUGGUUGGCGCCACUAUGAAAGACAUUUCGUCCAAUCUGUCCUGCGGCGACACUUGCCCAGACUGUGCCGCUGGAACCGUAAUCGACCCUAUUUCCGGCGAUGUUGUGCCCACCGUGAACUUCAAAUAUCUUUGCUUGAACCGAGGGCAAAAGCUGUACUUUUCCUCCGACACGACGAAAGAGCAGUUUGUUCAAGGCAUGGCGACCAAGCCGUAUUUUGCGGUGGAGAAAGCAAUAUGCGGUGGCCAACCAUGUGCCGACAGCUUCCAACUGCCGGUUCCGAUCCAGGAUGAACCAACGCCGCAAGCGCCACCGUUUUGCACGGGGUCAUCCGUAAUGUUUUCUGGUUUCCAGACCACCGUGGACGGCACCUGCAUCAAGCUCUUCUUCCAGUCGUGGGUACUGGACACCCCGCUUAAGUACUGUUUGGGGGUUUUCGCGGUGUUUGUCCUGCCUUUGGUCAACGAGCGUCUUAUCGUGUUCCGAGAAGAUCUCCGCAUGCACUACAUCAAGACCAAGUUGCCCAGUCGGUACCAAGGCGGGUGGACGAAGCACACCCGCAAGCUCGCGUUGACGGGACUCUACAUGAUCCAGAUGACGUUGGCCUACCUUGCAAUGCUCGUCGUGAUGGUGUACGAUUCGGUGCUGUUCCUCGCGCUCAUCGCUGGUUUUGGCUUUGCGUUUGCCAUCUUCAAGAGCGAGCGCAGCCUGGGCCUGAAGUCAACGGCCAUGAUGCGAGCGACUUGGCGCUUUGACGAGUCGGACUUCUUGACCGUGCUCAGCGUCGAAGGCAUGAUGUGCAUGCAAAACUGCGGCAGCACCGUGCAGUCGGCUCUGGAAAAAGUGCCUGGCGUCAAGCAAGUGUAUGUGGGAUUUAGCGAAAAGUGCGCAUAUGUGUCGGGGUCAGCUCCGACCGUCGCCCUCGUGGAUGCUGUCGAGGCUGUUGGGUUUGAAGCGCGCGUGUUGCGCCGACCACGUGCCGAGUCGGAUGGAGCCCCUGCUUAUGGGAGUAACUCGCAUUUGGCAUGAAGUUAACAGCUUCGAUACGAUAUCUUGCUUCGAAGGACUAGCCCACACGUUUGUUGCCCUGUUCACCGGUGGCAGGCGAUCAUGUCACGAGAAGGAUUGUUUACAUCACUUGGCACGGAUGGCC